AUGGCUUUCCGGGGGAAAAUUCUAUUGCAGGCCAGCAGGGCUAAAUUUAUUGAAAACUUGAGGGCGGAGUCGACCUCCGCAAGUGUGCGAACUCUCACGGUGGCUGAGCUCCAGUCCAAGCUGGACAUGUUGGAGAACCAUUGGGCCUUGUUCGACAGUCUCCAUCUGAAGCUGCUGAUGGCUAAGGACAACGAAGAGGUGCUGGACCACGCGUACGUGAAGGAGGAGGUUUACGACAAGUGUUUGUCGAUGUACUCCGCGGCUCGCAGCACAUUCAUAGGGCUCAUCAAGGGAUUGGAUGACUCCAUUGAUCUCUCGGAGUCGUUCCGCCGGCCAUCUGUUGCUCCUCCACCGGCGUCUGUGGCUCAUCGGCAGUUGCCGAAGAUCUCGCUGCCAACGUUCUCAGGGACCUUUUCGGAGUGGACACCGUACAAGGAUCUGUUCCUCUCCAUGGUGGUCGGGAGUUCGGCGCUAAGUACUGUGGAGAAGUUCCACUAUCUGCUGACGUCUCUCACGGGUGAGCCUAAGCAGCUGAUCUCCACCUUGCCCGUGACCGAGGACGCGUUCCUGCCAGCGUGGAACGCCCUCUUGGCUCGUUACGAGAACAAGAGGCGGCUCGUCUCUAUCCAGCUGGGGAAGCUCUUCGCGGCGCCGAGGUUCAUUAACCGCACCGCCAAGGAGUACAACGCGCUUCUCAACUCCGUGGCUGAGGCGGUAACCGCGCUGGAGUCUCUCGGUCGUCCGGUGGAGCAUUGGGACGAUAUGCUCGUCCACCUCGUUUCGAAGCGGCUGGACGCCAAGAUGCUGGAGGCCUGGGAGAUUGAACUCGGCUCAUCAUCGGAGUUCCCCACGUACGCCGCUCUCAGGGAGUUCGUGCUCGGUAGGGCCAGGGCUAGGGAAACGAUGGAGAUGCACGCCUCGGAGCCGCCAUCGGCUGCGUCAUCCAACCCUCACCGGGCUUCGAAGCCUCGGCCAUAG